AAGGUUUCCUUCCACCAUCUUUCUCUCCUCCCAUUUUCUUCUAAACCAAACGCAGUGUGAAUGAGAGACUGACUAUAGCGAGAAUCGAUGAUUAGAUAGAUUCUGGGCAAAUUUUUUGUCUUGCUUCGAUUUCUAACAAUCUGUAUUCCUAAUGUAAUCAAAUAUCAAUUUAUUUUUCUCGACGUUACAUUGAUUCGUACGAAACAACUAGUAGCCCCGAUUCUGAAAGAUAAUAACAUAUUUUCGUCGAGCUAAAUUUUUUGAAGAUUUCCGUAACAAUCUCAAUGGGUACUGUUUCUGCUAGACACCCAUUUGGAAUCCAUUUUCAUUCCCAUUCCCAAUCCCUAAUUCGCCGAUUCGAUUGCUCAAUCUCCCAAUUUCCUUCUCACGUAGACCUUUCCAGAAUCACCUUGUAUUCUUCUUCCCAGGGAUUAGUUCACCGAGUAUGUGCACGGCCUGAUAUUGAUGAUUUCUACUGGGAGAAAGAACCAACGCCCAUUCUUGACACAAUUGAAAGCCCUCUUUGCUUGAAGAACUUAUCCCUUAGGGAGUUGAAACAACUCGCUGCUGAAAUCCGUUUAGAUUUGUAUUCUGUUUUGUCAGGUACACAAAUAUCCCCAAAUCCAAGUAUGGCUGCGACGGAGCUGACAGUUGCAAUGCAUCAUGUUUUCCAUGCUCCAGUAGACAAGAUAUUGUGGGAUGUUGGUGAUCAAACAUAUGCACAUAAAAUGCUUACUGGAAGGAGAUUACGUUUGAGGACAAUCAGACAAAAGAAUGGACUUUCUGGUUUUACUUCUCGGUUUGAGAGUGAAUAUGAUUCAUUUGGUGCAGGUCAUGGAUGCAACAGUAUAUCUGCCGGACUUGGCAUGGCAGUUGCGAGGGAUAUUAAAGGAAGACGAGAACGUAUAGUUGCAGUUAUCAGCAAUUGGACAACUAUGUCUGGUCAGGUGUAUGAGGCAAUGGGAAAUGCGGGAUAUUUGGACUCAAAUAUGGUGGUGAUUUUGAAUGAUAGCCGCCACUCUUUACUCCCCAAAACUGAGGAGGGCUCAAAAACCUCUGUGAAUGCCCUAUCUAGUACCCUUAGCAGGCUCCAAUCCAGUAAAUCUUUCCGAAGGUUUAGAGAAGCUGCUAAGGGUGUUACAAAACGUAUUGGCAGGGGCAUGCAUGAAUUGGCAGCUAAAGUAGAUGAAUAUGCUCGUGGUAUGAUGGGUCCCCUAGGUUCUACUCUAUUUGAAGAGCUUGGGUUGUAUUACAUAGGGCCGGUGGAUGGACACAAUAUUGAAGAUCUCAUAUGUGUUCUUCAAGAAGUAGCUUCCUUGGAUUCAAUGGGUCCUGUCUUGGUUCAUGUUAUAACCGAUGAAAAUCAGGUUGGAGAACACAAUAAGAAAAGUAAUACAACAGACAAGCAGCAGGAUGAAUAUGUUAGUUCUGAUUUGUUCUACAAUGCUGGUCAGCCUCAAACAUAUGGUGAUUGCUUUGUGGAGUCUUUGGUUGCAGAAGCUGAGAAAGACAAAGAUAUUGUGGUUGUUCAUGCAGGAAUCACAUCGGAACCAUCACUUGAACUGUUUCGGGAAAAAUUUCCAGAUAGGAUUUUCAAUAUGGGAGUUGCCGAGCAACAUGCAGUCACGUUUGCUUCAGGGUUGUCAUGUGGUGGAUUGAAGCCAUUUUGCAUCAUACCUUCUUCCUUUUUACAGAGAGCCUAUGAUCAGGUUGUUCAUGAUGUUGAUCAACAGAAAAUUCCAGUGCGUUUUGUCAUUACAAGUGCAGGAUUGGUAGGUUCGGAUGGUCCCGUCCAGUGUGGAGCGUUUGAUAUAACGUUCAUGUCGUGCUUACCAAACAUGAUUGUAAUGGCACCGUCUGACGAGGUUGAACUUGUGAACAUGGUGGCUACUGCUACUCACAUCAAUGACCGGCCAGUUUGCUUUCGGUAUCCUAGAGGUGCCUUGGUUAAUAAAGGCCACACUAUAGAUGAUGGAGUCCCAAUAGAGAUUGGAAAGGGAAGAGUUCUUGUUGAAGGUAAAGAUGUUGUCUUACUGGGAUAUGGAUCAAUGGUUCGUAACUGUCUAAAUGCUCAUUCUCUUCUUGCAAAUCUUGGUGUUGAGGUGACUGUUGCUGAUGCAAGGUUCUGCAAGCCCCUAGACAUCAAGCUUCUGAGGCAGCUUUGUAAACACCAUUCUUUUUUAGUUACCGUCGAGGAAGGAUCUAUUGGAGGAUUUGGUUCUCAUGUUGCUCAAUUUAUUGCUCUUGAUGGACUUCUUGACCGGAGAAUUAAGUGGCGCCCAAUUGUCUUACCAGACAGUUACAUUGAACAUGCAUCACCAAAUCAACAGCUUGACAAAGCGGGGUUGACUGGACAUCACAUUGCUGCUACAGCGUUGAGUUUACUGGGCCGUACCCGUGAAGCUCUAUCGUUUAUGUGCUUUUGAAUCGGGCAAAGAUCUCGUUCUGUACAUAAGUUGCCACAGUCCCUUGCUAUUCAUUGCAUUGGCAUUGCAAAGCUUUGUUUUUCUCUUUAAGUUUUUCAGAAGUCAUUAGAUUGAGGGAACUGUUGCCGACAUAUAAGCCUUAUAGCUGAUCUUGAAUCAGUUUCUAUGGAGCAAGGCAAUGCUUGCUACGAAAAAUCAAUUUGACCGAAAUUAUGGAGCUAGAGCUUGAAUGUAGCAAUGAUUUUUUAAUACUUAAAAGAAAUAAUGAUUCUUUCCAAAUCUGACUAUGGUACAAUAUCAAAAAACAGCUUCAGUGAUCUUUGAUUGAAAAUUCUUUCGCAUUUACUUAGAUUAAAAUCAAUUUGAUUUGAUGUAAAAUAUUUUUGUAUGGUCUCUGAGCCAAACACUUAUCCUAUUUGAGUUGAUACAUUUGUGAGGCAGUUAUUCUUUUUGGUUAGUUUUUUAUUGAAAUUUCAGAUUAUAUUUUCUAGUGUAGCAAUUUCUUCAUAGAUAUACUUAAAGGAAGCUGGUAAGGAAUUGAAAAAUCAUGUUUGAUUAAAAAUCUUAGGUUGUUGUAUUGUAUGUUGAUGAUUUGAAAAUUAUGUGUGUGUUUGUCUUCACUUUUGUUCGAGGGAAAAUAAAAUACUGAGUUUGGAAGAGUUGAUGAGUGUGUAAUAUAUUUGAAUAUCACUAUUGAUUUCACACACACUCAUUCACUUAUUUUCACAUGAAGUAACUCAGAAAAUCUCUGAUUUGUGCAUAGAAUGAAUAAUGUCUUGUAAUCGUGAAUUGAUCCUAAUGUUUAACUAUUUGAAAGUAAUAAGUUUGAUGAAUACAAACUCAAGAAAGAAAGAAAAAAAAAUUCAAGCAACAUUGAGCAAGGGAGCCAAAUCUUGAAGGCCUAAACUCAAACUAAUUUGGUUGGGUGAGCAUCCCUCGACCAUCGAAUCUGAAACAUAAAAUUUUCAUGGUAAAAUAGAGAAAUUUUGUUGGGUGAAUAGAGAAAAUUUGUUGGGCGAGUGAUAGAGAGUAGAAUUUAAUAUUUAAGUUAAUUAAAAAGUUAUAUUAGUAGUUUUAUU